AGGACCCCGAUCCCUAGUUAGCCUUCUGAGUUGGAGAAGAUGAAGGGCCUCUUGGUGUUGGCGAGUCUCCUGGCGGUUGCGUUCAGCACCGAGAUCUUUGAGGGUCACCAGGUGUUGAGGAUCUUUGCUUCCGAUGGGUUCCAGCUGGAGAAGGUGAAGGAGCUGGAAGCACUUGAACAUCUUCAGCUGGACUUCUGGCGCGCUCCCGCUCACCCUGAGAUCCCAGUUGACGUGAGGGUCCCAUUCUCCAGCCUCCAAGGGGUCAAGGUCUUUCUGGAGUCCAACAACAUCCAAUACUCCAUCAUGAUCGAGAACGUUCAGAAAUUAGUUGAUGAGGAAAAGCUCUUCAUGUCACGGCAGCACUUUAUGCCCCGAUCCGUGGAGAACUUCAAUUACGCUUCGUACCACAAUCUGGAUGAAAUCUACGAUUUCAUGGAUCUUCUAGUGAGUGAAAAUCCCUUGGUCAGCAAAAUCCAGAUUGGCAAGAGCUACGAAGGUCGCCCAAUCAAUAUCUUGAAGUUCAGUACCGGAGGAACCAAGCGCCCAGCCAUCUGGAUCGACACCGGCAUCCACUCCCGCGAAUGGGUCACUCAAGCCAGUGGGAUCUACUUUGCAAAGAAGAUCCUUGACACUUAUGGCAAAGACCCUUCGCUGACCUCCAUCCUGGAUAAUUUUGACAUCUUCCUUGAAAUUGUCACCAACCCUGAUGGAUUUGCCUUCACUCAUAGCAAGAACCGCAUGUGGCGCAAGACGAGGUCAAUCAACGCUGGGUCAUCGUGCGUUGGAGUAGACCCCAACCGGAACUGGGAUGCGGGUUUUGGAGCGGCUGGCGCCAGUGGCAGCCCUUGCACCGAAACCUACCAUGGGCCUUAUGCCAACUCCGAGCCAGAGGUGAAAGCCAUUGUUGACUUUGUGAAGAGCCAUGGCAACAUCAAGGCCUUCAUCUCCAUCCACAGCUACUCCCAGCUCCUCCUUUAUCCCUUUGGAUACACCAGAACGGCUGCGGCGGAUAAGGCGGAACUAGAUGCUGUUGCUAAGAAGGCAGUCAAUGCUCUUGCUUCCCUCCAUGGGACCAAAUACAGAUACGGUAGCAUCAUCACCACCAUCUACCAAGCAAGUGGAGGAACCAUUGACUGGACCUACGAGCAGGGGAUCAAGUACUCCUACACCUUUGAGCUGAGGGACACCGGUCGCUACGGGUUCCUGCUGCCCGCCAGCCAGAUCAUCCCGACGGCCGAAGAGACCUGGCUGGGCCUCAUGGUCAUCAUGGAACACACCCGGGACAACCCCUAUUAAGCCGGAGCCAAACCGGCUCCUCUGCAGCAACAAUAAAGCCUUUGCAUGAGUUA